CCCGCCCCCGGCACAUCCUCCGACGCGCAGACCGCGGCGAGGCGCUGGGCGAGGUGGAGGUGAGGGCGGGCGCGAGCGAACUCGGAGAGGGGCUCGCUCACUCCCAGGCGAUCCCAGCCGCCGCCGCCCCGCCAGCAGCAGCAGCAACAGCAGCCGCCGCCGCCGCCGCCGCCGCUUCUUUCCUCGGACUCCCCUCGGCAGGCUGGCCGAGCGGGUGUAGUCGUUGGGAAGGCUCCCGCUAGGGCAACCCGGCGACGGCAGGAGCUGGGCGGCCGCCUCUCCCACUCGGGCCGUCCGGCGGUCGGUGCCUCCGCCCGCGUGUCGGUCCCGGGUGCCGGGGGAUGAGUGUCAGUUUACGCCUCUGAGACCACACAGCUGCCUGGGGGCCGUGUGAUGCCCAAAGCAAGUCUGGGCUUUUAUUUUUAUUAUUAUCAUUAUUUUUUUACGCUUGGCUUUCGGGAAAUUUUCGUGAUGUUGUAGGAUAAAGGAAAUGAUACUUUGAGGAACUGGAGAGGACAUAGAUGCGUUUUGUUUUUAAGAGAGGAAACCCGUCCCCCCUUCCCGGCUUGCUCGCGCUUUGCUGAUUUCAAGAGCCACCCUCCUCUUAGGUGAGAAUCCAGCAAGAAUAAAGGUGAAGACGGGCCGUCAGGACCCAGGAGGGAAACACUGACCAUUAGAAACCUUUGCAGAAGACACUGUAAGGAAGAACGUAAGAGAGAGAGAGAAACACGAAAGACUUAAAAUUAUACAAGAAAUCUACAAAUCCAGCUCUGGAGAAAGCCUCCUUCUCCAAAAUGGAUAUGUUUCCUCUCACCUGGGUUUUCUUGGCUCUCUACUUUUCAGGACACGAAGUGAGAGGCCAACCAGACUCAGCCUGUGGAGGUCGUUUGAAUUCCAAAGAUGCUGGCUAUAUCACCUCCCCAGGUUACCCCCAGGAUUACCCAUCCCACCAGAACUGCGAGUGGAUUGUUUAUGCCCCUGAACCCAACCAGAAGAUCGUCCUCAACUUCAACCCUCACUUCGAAAUUGAGAAGCACGAUUGCAAGUAUGACUUCAUUGAGAUUCGAGAUGGAGACAGUGAGUCCGCAGACCUUUUGGGAAAGCACUGCGGGAACAUCGCCCCGCCCACCAUCAUCUCCUCAGGCUCUGUGCUCUACAUCAAGUUCACCUCCGACUACGCCAGGCAGGGGGCAGGCUUCUCCCUCCGCUAUGAGAUCUUCAAGACAGGCUCCGAAGACUGUUCAAAAAACUUCACAAGCCCCAAUGGGACCAUCGAAUCCCCUGGGUUUCCCGAGAAGUACCCACACAACUUGGACUGUACCUUUACCAUCCUGGCCAAACCCAAGAUGGAGAUAAUCCUGCAGUUUCUGACCUUUGACCUGGAGCACGACCCUUUGCAGGUGGGCGAAGGAGACUGCAAAUACGACUGGCUGGACAUCUGGGAUGGCAUUCCGCAUGUUGGCCCCCUGAUUGGCAAGUACUGUGGGACCAAAACACCCUCUGAACUCCGUUCGUCGACGGGAAUCCUCUCUCUGACCUUUCACACAGACAUGGCGGUAGCCAGGGAUGGCUUCUCUGCACGCUACUACCUGGUCCAUCAAGAGCCACCAGACAACUUCCAGUGCAAUGUGCCUCUGGGAAUGGAAUCGGGCCGGAUUGCGAACGAACAGAUCAGUGCCUCCUCUACCUACUCUGAUGGAAGGUGGACAGCUCAGCAAAGCCGGCUCCAUGGUGACGACAAUGGCUGGACACCCAACUUGGAUUCCAGCAAGGAAUAUCUCCAGGUGGACUUGCGCUUUCUAACCAUGCUUACAGCCAUUGCCACGCAAGGCGCGAUUUCCAGGGAAACCCAGAAUGGCUACUAUGUCAAAUCGUACAAGCUGGAAGUCAGCACUAAUGGUGAAGAUUGGAUGGUGUACCGGCAUGGCAAAAACCACAAGGUGUUCCAAGCCAACAACGAUGCCACCGAGGUGGUUCUGAACAAGCUGCACACACCGCUGCUGACCAGGUUCGUCAGGGUCCGGCCCCAGACCUGGCACUCCGGCAUCGCCCUGCGGCUUGAGCUCUUCGGCUGCCGGGUCACAGAUGCCCCCUGCUCCAACAUGCUGGGGCUGCUCUCGGGCCUCAUCCCCGACUCUCAGAUCUCGGCCUCCUCCACCCGCGAGUACCUCUGGAGCCCCAGCGCCGCCCGCCUGGUCAGCAGCCGCUCGGGUUGGUUCCCCCGGAUCCCUCAGGCCCAGCCAGGCGAGGAGUGGCUUCAGGUGGACCUGGGCGUACCCAAGACAGUGAAGGGCAUCAUCAUCCAGGGGGCUCGCGGAGGAGACAGCAUCACUGCCGUGGAAGCCAGGGCGUUUGUGCGCAAGUUCAAAGUCUCCUACAGCCUAAAUGGCAGAGACUGGGAAUACAUCCAGGACCCCAGGACCCAGCAGCCGAAGCUCUUUGAAGGGAACAUGCACUACGACACCCCGGACAUCCGAAGAUUCGACCCCGUUCCUGCCCAGUACGUGCGCGUGUACCCCGAGCGGUGGUCCCCAGCAGGGAUUGGGAUGCGGCUGGAGGUGCUGGGCUGCGAUUGGACAGACUCAAAGCCCACAGCAGAGACCCUGGGACCCACUGUGAAGAGUGAAGAGACCACCACCCCCUAUCCCAUCGAUGAGGAGGCCACGGAGUGUGGGGAGAACUGUAGCUUCGAGGACGACAAAGAUUUGCAGCUCCCUUCAGGAUUCAAUUGCAACUUUGAUUUCCCCGAGGAGCCCUGCGGGUGGAUGUACGACCAUGCCAAGUGGCUCAGGAGUACCUGGGCCAGCAGCUCCAGCCCACACGACCGGACGUUUCCAGAUGACAGGAAUUUCUUGCGGCUGCAGAGCGAUGGCCGGCGAGAGGGCCAGUACGCGCGGCUCAUCAGCCCUCCCGUGCACCUGCCCCGAAGCCCCGUGUGCAUGGAGUUCCAGUACCAGGCCACGGGCGGCCGCGGGGUGGCGCUGCAGGUGGUGCGCGAAGCCAGCCAGGAGAGCAAGCUCCUCUGGGUCGUCCGCGAGGACCAGGGCAACGAGUGGAAACACGGGCGCAUCAUCUUGCCCAGCUAUGACAUGGAGUAUCAGAUUGUGUUUGAGGGAGUCAUAGGGAAAGGACGUUCGGGAGAAAUUGCCAUUGAUGACAUUCGGAUAAGCACUGAUGUCCCACUGGAGAACUGUAUGGAACCCAUAUCGGCUUUUGCAGUGGACAUUCCAGAAAUACACGGAAGAGAGGGCUAUGAAGAUGAAAUUGAUGAUGAGUAUGAGGUGGACUGGAGCAACUCUUCUUCCCCGACCUCAGGGUCUGGUGCCCCUUCAGCCGACAAAGAAAAGAGCUGGCUCUACACACUGGAUCCCAUCCUCAUCACCAUCAUCGCCAUGAGCUCCCUGGGCGUCCUCCUGGGGGCCACGUGUGCGGGGCUCCUGCUUUACUGCACCUGCUCCUACUCAGGGCUGAGCUCCCGCAGCUGCACCACGCUGGAGAACUACAACUUCGAGCUGUACGACGGCCUCAAGCACAAGGUCAAGAUGAACCACCAGAAGUGCUGCUCCGAGGCAUGACGGAUUGCACCCAAAUCACAUCUGACGUUUCAUUCCAGCAAGAGGGGCUAGUGAAGAUUACGUGUUUUUUUUUUUCCUUUGGAAACUGAAUGCCAUAAUCUCGAGCAAACGGAUCCAGAAUACCGCAGGUGUGGACAGAACAGACAGAUGAGUAGAGGGAGGCAGGGAGAUGCAGCUGCAAAGGGGGUUACGACCCACCUAGAAGCACGGUGGCAGAGUCGUUGCUGGGACUAAGAUGGGAGCUCAUCUCUUUGGGGGUCACAGUUCUAUUUCAUUUGUGAGUUUGUUGUUAUUAUAUUUUAUUUCUUCAGUCUGUGAGCAACUCAAAGAGGCAGAAGAGGAGAAGGACUUUUCCAGGACAGAAGCAGAGUGGUGGGCAUGGUACUCUGCUUCCUCUUUCUAAUCAACACUUGAAAACCAAAAGGUCUUUUCAGACUUCUCAUCUUUAGAAGAAAAAAAAAAAAGCUCAAAAAAAAAAAAAAAAGCCGUCCAACUUAUCCUGUCCUCUGAUCGUCUUACAACUUUACGGGAUUUGCUGUGUGUAGGUUCAUGCCAGCCAACCCUACAAGCUGCCGUUUCCAGUCGUAGCAUUUAAGUAGGAUGUUGUUGCCUUUAACUUUUUUUAUCCAGGGGAAAAUUGCCAUUUUAGGGUCAGCAUGAAUAGCUCUUUCUUAUAUGCGAUUUAAAAUAAACCAGAAUGGAAACUUCACACAUCAAAACUGCAGAGAAGCACCUCCAUGUUAGAAGCAGACAAGCCUUAACGUGCUUCGUGACUAGGAGCCAUUCAUUAAAUCUAGACCUAGAAUUUGUGGCUGUGAGGCUACUUCGUGUGGGCCUCUGGUGGUGGUUUUACUUUUUCUUUACCCUCCUCCUUGCUCUUCUAAAACAUAUACAUACACACACACACACGUGCACAUUUGUCGGGUGUGUAAUCCCCAAGGCAUAGUAUGGUUUGAUACUCUCAGAGAUGGGGUGGGAAAAUACAGGCUGUUAGUAUGUUUUGUCCCCCAGUGAGAUGUAACUGGAGACCGCUGGACAGAAAGGAGAACAGUGGAGAGGGAAAAAGAAAUCCAGCCUCUGUGAUCAUGUCAUAGCAAAGGCUAAGCACACUGUACAUUUUGAUGAAUUCAUCUCUCCAACAGGCUAGUGAACAUUGACUUCUCCUUGGGUUUACAGCCACCACCUCAGCAUUUCAGGAGAGUCAGGUAGGAUGUAUACGAGCUGAUUUGAACCAGAAGUGUGCAAGGACUGUGGACCAAACACUAACACUGCUUCAACCCCAGAGAGACUUGUGUUCUUACACACACACACACACACACACAAUUUAUGUGUUUUUUAUUAAGUGCCUUGAAACAAUGAAGAAAUCUGUAUUUUCCCUCUAUGUAGAAAUCAGUGAGUAUCCUACAAGUAAGGCAUCCCUUCUUCCCUAACCCCUGUGGCCCCACUUCCGGCUCCCCCAGCUCACCGCUGAUCCUACUAAUGGUUUGAGCCCUGCUGCCCGAGAGAUAGUCAUAGCCCUCGAUGACUCUCAGCUACUCUAGAAGGGGAGGUAUCAGAAAAAUUGUGUGAAGGAUAAGAUUGUCCACGUCAAGAUCGAAAUCUUGAUUUUGUAGUAAUGCCUGAAGAUUGCCUGUGUGCUGGAAAUACCUUUGAAACCCCACCAGUAUGCCCAGCCUAUUGCUUAUCAGUGGUAAACUGUCAGACCAUUUUUGCUGCUAUGGUCACCCACAAGUUCAUUUGUCUCCUACCCAGGUGAAAGGGAAAGGGUGAAUGGGACUGGCUGGUUCCUUUAAAUGUUAACUUAUGGAAAUACUAGUUCAAAUGGUAAUGUCACAGUGUUUUGUAUGCAGAGAGGGAGAGUCCAAACCGACAGCUAUUUAUUCAUAUGUGUGUGUCUUUGCGAGCCUUUGAGUUCUCUGUAUCUACUGUGUAUGUGAAUGGUCACGUGGGACUCAGUGAUGUUGUUGUGACUUUGACCUAGGGCCCGAGUGUCACCGCUGAUCUCGCACUCGUUGGCACAGUGGUAGUUAGAGGUGAAAAGUAAAGCUGUCAAGCCCAAGGGCUUAGCUUUAGGACGCCCCUGAGCUGGGCAUGCAGCAGAAGCAAGUUUUUAAUUAGCCCAUACUCCUCUUCGCCUUCCCAUGUAGCUCAGUGUUCAGGAAGCUAGCAAUCCUAGAGAUUUCCAGAAGUUGUCUGCAGAAGAAGAGAAGUUCAAACACCUACUCUGGGGGGUCCCGGCCCACUCAUGCUCAGCGGGCCAUUUUAUAGUUCCCCAAAGACCAGCUCUGUCUUCAGCCUGCAGUUCGCCUCUAAGUUACCCACAACCCAACCUGCAUCCCUCUCCCAGUCCUCGAACCAUACUCCCCAUUGGCUGGUUUGAGGCCCUGGGUGGGCCCUGCUAAAGGAAAGCCAGCCAGCCAGGGCUGCAUAUAGAUACCUCAGCAACACUGGAGGCUGGUCUGUCGUUAGACAGUAAGACAGUAAGACAGUGGGGCCUGAUUCUAACUCGGCAGAAGGCACCCGGGUGCAUUUGUUGUCUCUAUCUGCAGGUAGGCUAGCUGACCCGUCUCCUUGAAUCGUUCCCUUUGGGAAACCCAACUCACAGUAUUGAUCUCCUUUUUUGCCUUGUACUGAAUGACACAUUACCUCCACGCUCUCCCGGACUAGGCAGUCAACAGGGCCACAGGGUUGCUUUCUCUCUUAGGCGGGGAUGGGGAGUUGACAGGGAUGAGGGUCCGAGGAAUGAGCAUGAAUGCAAGAACACAAGAGGAAAGGUUAAGCUGUCACACAGAACGUUAACUUUUCCAGAGUUUGCAGCUAAAGGUAUUUGACCAUUCGCUGGCUGAGCCAGAUCACGGGAACUUGAGAGCUUUUACUGUGAUUCUUCAAUGUAAAAAAUAAACGACAAGGUCAAACUGUGUUUAUAUGAUUUGUAUAAAGCCUUUUUAAGAUUGCUAUUUAAAUAAACACUAUGCCAGAGAUA